AAAAGCGGCCUAGAAAGCAGAGCGCCGCUGGAGUCGCCAUCAGUGCGCAUGGUCGCCGCGAUCGUUGCUAUACGCCCCCCUUUUCACCGUGUUUCUCCUAGCGACCGUCAGACGGCGAACUGCGUCCAACUCGGCAGCGUGCCUCGGUUCGCGUAGGGGGAGCAGUGUGCGUAAGCUGCUUUCAAGCCGGCGUCGAGGGGAGCCGGCAGUCAACGAAUCGUGUAGCCGGUGAGCGGUUGAGGACCCAGUGCAGUUGUUGUCUCGUUGCUGUGUCCGCCGGCGUCGCCACCAUGGCCGUCAACGAGGCCGAGAAGACUCAAGUGAACGAAUUGGUGAACGACUUCAUGCGUUACCAGCUAAACCGGCGUGGCCUUCAGUGGAAUACGUGCCCGCCAUUGCCGCGACCUUCCAAAGUGUCUCUCGUACUGCGGACGCUGGGGGAUGAAUUUGUCACCAAAUACCGCGAGGAGUUCACUCAGAUGUGUGGCCGACUCGACAUGACUCCCUCCGUGGCCCAGACGGCGUACACAGACGUCCUGAACGAGCUCUUUAGCGAAGGGAUUACGUGGGCACGCAUCGUGGGUGCCUUCGCGUUCAGUGUGGAGCUGUCGGCGCUCUGCGUCGAGAAGAACUGGUCCGAACUGGUGGACAGCAUCGCAUCCUGGUUGUCCUCGUACGUCUGUACGAGGCUUCUUCCCUGGAUAAAGGACCACCAAGGAUGGGACGGUCUGGUCGUGUUCAGCGAGGAGCGCGACGACACCGGCGCUGCCGAGUCUCCCUGGCCAAUCUUCAAGAACGUGGUGUGCGGGGUGGCCGUCACGGCGCUCGGUGCCCUCACGCUCGGCGCCUUCCUCACGUCCAAGUCGUAAAGGGGCCGCGGGUGCAGGCGCCGGACCAUUUGCCCAGCUCUCUCGGCCCGCCGCCAUCAUCCUCGUCGCGGCUGACCUGGGGCUCCACAAACACACACCCGCUUCACGUGUACCUGCACGAGAAACACAGCCAGCCUGCAAGCCCGUCCGGUCGGCCUUCCGGCUUUUCUAAACCGCUGCGUCCCUGGCCUAUGACGUAGUCGCCGAGCAGGAGGGAGCCUGCGCUUACAGCCGAUUCGCGGACACUUUGACUGAUCCCGUGCAUCUACGGUUCACCUUCGGUGCCUCAACUGUGGGGGGGGCAUCUGGCGACUGUGGCGGUGGACAGUAGGUGCAACGGCAUCGGUGCGGUCGAGUGCGUGACGAGUCUUGGGCAGUGCAGACUUUCGUGUUCCCCUUCGCCUGCCUGCCUGCGUUCGUUAUGCGACCUCCAGGGAUGACAGUUCAAACGACGACGCUGCUUCGUCGUCUCUUCUAUACAGACCCCGUGCACCCCGCCAGCAAAAAAAGGACUUCCAGAACGAAAUGUGUGUGAGAUGGGUGCGGCGCCGCGGUGAAUUCGCCCGUGUGCGAAGCGAGCGCCUAGCUAUAUACUACAUCGCUGAUGUGUGUGUGUGUGUGUGUGUCUGUCGUUCACCCGAAAGAAAAAAAAAGUGAAUGUACCUUUUGCUACUUUUACUUGCGGACUUCCCGCACGCCGAAAAACGCAAUCGCCUCCCGAGAUGAGCGUCGCUUUACUGUAUAACGCGUGGCGCUCCCGGUCGUGCUAUGUGUCACUUUUCGAAUACGGCAGUGCUAACUUCGUAGGAGUCGAGUGAAUAUUUUCUUUUCUUGUUAAUUUUUACCUGAAUGCUGUGAACUACUUUCGUGAAUGUGUGCUGUCCAGUGGCGCGUGUGAAUUCCGGUCUUGCCUGUAAUUGACUGUUCAUGCUUUUCAUAUGUUUCUAGUUGCUUUUUUUUUGCUCUUUUGUUCGAAUGCUCCCAUUUUCUCCGCCUGAGAGCACAGGCUGUCAGCAACGCCAGCUAGUCCUAAGCUGCUUUUGUAAAAGGAAAAAAAAAAAGAGAAAACAGUGAUUACAGCCUUUGUCGAAGACCCGCGGUUAUGGUGUCUUCUUGGGCACUUUUCUUUUGUUACGUGAACGACGUCUUACCUCGUUCUUUAUAUUCCAUGCUCUUCUAAAGCGGAACCCAACAAUGCAGCGAGAAGACUAGCAUAUAACUUUUUAUACGCGCACAUCCUCAUAAUGUCUAUUUUUUUUUAUAAAAACAUAUCCUGAUGUCGCUUUACGGCGCCGAUCGUUUCGAUUCACCACUGCCACAAAUAUACAGGCGUUUGAUCCCCAAGGAGGGUGUGCUUCAGGACAGUAGAAAGUCUCUUUGUCCAGUCAAAGGGUUGCUGCCGAAUGAUGCGUGGUUUCUCCGUGUGUGUAUCGAAUAGGACGGUCCGUGCGCAAAAUACAUCGCUCCUAGUUCACGGCACAUAUUGUAGAUAUGUACUCGAUCAGCUGGGAAAGUGUCACGUAUUGAGUUUCUUUGAGCUCAAAAUCGUGCGAAAGCACUUGGUUAGGGGUGCGGUUUGACCUUAUCGGCUAUUUGAUGCCAGUUGGCAUUGCUUGGAAGUGCGCUGGAUAUCUGCGCGGGGAAACACUUCUUCACUGCCUUUUCCAUAGACGAGACGAUGCGCCUGCAACUUACACUAACGAUUCGCGUUCCUGAAGCAGCUUCCACGAGCCUUUUCUUGUAAGUAGUUUUGCAACUUUUGCAACGUCCGACGUGAAGCGAAUGCGUAGCAUAUAACUUCCAUAUGUAGGUAGACAUUGGAGUUGUUAAACAAUGCUUAACUUUAACGCAUGCCUAGGAAGCCGGAUGAGCAGUUUUUUCUUUUUUUCGUAUUGUGAGCUUUACUUACGUAAUGUGAGCAACAUUUUCUCUGAUCGCGAGAUGUUUUUCCCCGCAGUGUUGAUACUGCGGUGGCAGUAGCGAAUGUAUGGUGCCCCGCACGCCGAGGACCUGUAAAAUCUCGUUGGAACAGCCCUGUAUACAUACACCACCAAUGAAUGUCUGGUCUGGCGUUUUUAGUAAAAAAAAGUCAUCCUUAACCGUGGUCAUUUGACGCUCCGUCACGGCGCUGUCAAUCCUCGUAGCUGUUUUCUGUUCGGUGACGCAGUCCUUUGAAAUCUUCGUUUUUCUCUUUCGUGUACUCACGACUACCGAUGUCUUCUAAAGCGGUGAUGGAAGAACAUGCCGUGACCCUUUCUCUUUUCUUUUUUUUAAACACUGUCCACCGCUUGAACUGUAGCGCAUGGAAUGUAUCCGAUUUUGAGCGAAGUGUGAGCAAUUGCAGAGUGUUAUCUCCCGUUAUUCUUUGUGGGACCCCCGACCCGAGGUUCAGAUCCUAACCCCGGCAGCGAAUGCGUCAGUGUUCACAUUUUUAAAGUCUUCCUUUGUGCGCGCACCUCUACGUUGCCCUCUUGCGGUGAUGAUGCGCUACACUAUUACCGUGACCGUGUGAUAAGUGAACCUGUUCAGUUUUUUUAAUCUCUGUAUUCCGUGUAUAAGCAGUGUGAAAGUUCUCUACAAAACUUGCGCGAGGUAGCAGUAUUUAAUAAACACGCGCGCGCGCGCAAACCGGGUUCGUGUGUCGUUUUUUUCUCGGGCAGCUUUUUGUUUCGCUUUUAUGGACACGUCCAUUGCCGUCGGGUGGUUAUCCCUCGGGUCUGGGUGCUCCCCCCCCCCUUUUUUUUCCCCUUAGGUUUAUCAUGUGGCGGUUAUACGCUGUGCGGCGUUUUUACGCCGCGGGUGCACCGCCGUAUUUAUUUAUCUAAUUCGCGCCGGUGUUGCGUGUGUCAUCCCCUGUUGUCCACUUUAGGAGUACCUUAUAACGAGUUUUUCAUUAUGGCGAGUGUGGAUGCUGUAUGGGACAAAACGAAGGAUGUUAUAGCGUCGCUCGCAUUUUUCUGUCCGCACUUUACUUUGUCCAGUGGUUAUAAGUCUAUCCCGUUGUCAGUGGUGUGGUGGUUCUGGGGAACCGUGUUUUUUUUUUCUAAUCGCGGAACAAGCCGCACAAGUCCUCCCCUUACCCAGUGGUAAAGGCGUUUUGCCUUACAAAUCUGCACUAAUGAUUGCUUGUGUUGCGCGAGCAAAUAUCGCUUGUCGAUCACGCGUUUUUUUUUUCACUUUUUUUUCGUAUUCGGUUUUUUAUGCAGAGUUUAACGACUGUCCGCUCGUCCUGUUUUAUUUUCGUGUUUAAUUAAUGUUACCUGAGUUCUUUUUUUUUUCUUGUGUGUUCACCUUGGUGAUGCAUCUAUGUUCCUGUGUUCAAACAGCAGCAAUUCUGAAUGUUCGCGUUGGUUUAUUUCGUGUCGUACUGUACAUACCUUGUGCUUUACUUUUUUUUUUUUUUGAGCCUGAAGAUAAAUUUAUUGAAGUACUAAAUAAAAAGCACGUUAUGCUGUA